AAUCACUGUAAUCUUACAUUAUAUCUUCUCUCUCUCUCUUCUCGGAGCUUUUUCUCACCUUUAGUGUUUCAUCGUCAACCAUGGCCGGUGAAGCUUUAAACAACCAGACAAUGGUGAAGGUGACAGUCCUGAACAAAACACACGUCAAGCCCAAAAAACCACUAGGAAGAAGAGAGUGUCAAUUGAUCACCUUUGAUCUUCCUUACCUAGGUUUCUACUAUAACCAGAAGGUGUUGAUCUAUAAGGGUGAAAAUUUUGAGGACUUGGUGGACAAAUUGAAGGAUGGGUUGAGUGUGGUUUUGGAGGACUUUUAUCAACUGGCUGGGAAGUUGGGAAAAGAUGAAGAUGGAGUGUUUAAGGUGGAGUAUGAUGAUGAUAUGGAUGGGGUAGAGGUGGCGGUGGCAGCGGCGGAGGGGAUUGAGGUGGCUGAUCUGAUGGAGGAUGAGGGCACAGCAAAGCUGAAGGAGUUGGUGCCAUACAAUCUUAUUUUGAACUUGGAGGGUCUUCACAGGCCACUUCUGGCCGUGCAGCUUACCAAGCUCAAGGAUGGACUUGCAAUUGGAUGUGCAUUUAAUCAUGCAAUCCUCGAUGGUACUGCCACGUGGCAUUUCAUGAAGUCGUGGGCCCAGAUCUGCAGUGGGUCCCCCUCCAUCUCUGUCCCACCCUUCCUAGAGCGCACCAAAGCACGAAACACGCGCGUGAAGCUCAACCUCUCAAAGCCCUCCGACGCUCCUGAGCAUGCCAACUUAGCAAAUGGUGACGUCAACAAGACCGAGCCACCACUGAGGGAAAAGAUCUUCAGGUUCUCAGAGUCAGCCAUUGACCAAAUCAAGUCAAAAGUCAACUCAAACCCAUCCAACGGCUCAAAGCCAUUCUCAACGUUUCAGUCACUAUCUGCACACGUGUGGCAUGCAAUCACACGUGCUCGCCAACUCAAGCCAGAGGACUACACUGUUUACACUGUUUUUACAGACUGCCGAAAAAGGAUUGACCCUCCGAUGCCGGAGAGCUACUUCGGAAACCUUAUUCAGGCUAUUUUCACUGUGACCGCGGCCGGAUUAUUGUUGGCAAAUCCACUAGAGUUUGGGGCAGCUCUGAUACAGAAAGCUAUAGAAAUGCACGACUCCAAAGCCAUUGAUGCACGUAACACUGAGUGGGAAAACAAUCCUAAGAUUUUUGAGUACAAAGAUGCCGGAAUGAAUUGUGUGGCAGUCGGAAGCUCUCCGCGGUUCAUGGUUUACGACAUCGACUUCGGGUGGGGGAAGCCGGAGAGUGUGAGGAGUGGGACUAACAAUAGGUUCGAUGGAAUGGUGUAUCUGUAUCCAGGCAAGAACGGAGGUAGAAGCAUUGAUGUGGAGGUCAGCUUGGAGGCUGGUGCAAUGGAGAAGUUGGAGAAGGACAAGGAGUUUCUUCUGGAGGCUUAGAAAUGUCUUGGAUGUAAAGUAAUUGUUCUUAUGUACUGGAGAAGGAGUUUCUUACGUUGUUGUUUUCUUAUUAAUGUUGGUUGAAGACUUCAUGGCUUGUGUUAAAACAGUUACUAUUAAAGAGUUCUUUAAUAUGUAUGGUGGAGUCAUUAUUCUGCUUUCCAGUGCAUAAUCUCCUUGAUAGUGGUAGUGUGGGAUUUUAGUGUGGGUUCAACGCAUACGUAAGAAU